AUGUUCCGUCGUUGUGCAGUCAAGCUUAACCCUUACGAUGUUGUUGUGAUUGGCGGUGGUCCUGGCGGCUACGUGGCAUCUAUCAAGGCCGCACAGCUGGGCAUGAAAACGGCGUGUGUCGAAAAGCGUGGCACACUGGGCGGCACCUGCCUCAACGUCGGUUGCAUCCCUUCGAAGGCGCUUCUCCACGCGACCCACUUGUACCACGAUGCCCACGCCAACUUUGCACGCUACGGCCUAAUGGGUGGCGAGGGAGUCACAAUGGACAGCGCAAAGAUGCAGCAACAGAAGGAGCGGGCAGUGAAGGGUCUCACCGGGGGCGUGGAGUACCUGUUUAAGAAGAACAAGGUGACAUACUACAAGGGCGAGGGCAGCUUUGAGACGGCUCACAGUAUAAGGGUGAAUGGUCUUGACGGCAAGCAGGAGAUGUUUGAGACGAAGAAGACAAUUAUUGCCACAGGUAGCGAACCGACGGAGUUGCCCUUCUUGCCGUUUGAUGAGAAGGUGGUGCUCUCUUCCACAGGUGCCCUCGCGCUUCCUCGCGUCCCCAAGACGAUGGUAGUGAUUGGCGGCGGCGUGAUUGGUCUCGAACUCGGCAGCGUGUGGGCGCGGCUUGGGGCGGAGGUUACGGUUGUUGAGUUUGCACCUCGCUGUGCUCCGACGCUUGAUGAGGACGUCACGAACGCCCUUGUAGGAGCCCUCGCGAAGAAUGAGAAGAUGAAGUUUAUGACGAGCACGAAGGUGGUGGGCGGGACGAACAACGGUGACAGCGUGUCCCUCGAGGUGGAGGGUAAAAACGGCAAGCGUGAGACGCUCACGUGUGAGGCACUACUUGUGUCUGUUGGGCGGCGGCCAUUUACGGGCGGCCUUGGCCUGGAUAAAAUUAACGUUGCGAAGAAUGAGCGUGGUUUUGUGAAGAUUGGUGAUCACUUUGAGACCAGCAUCCCGGACGUGUACGCCAUUGGAGAUGUUGUCGACAAGGGUCCAAUGCUCGCACACAAGGCGGAGGACGAGGGCGUGGCGUGCGCUGAGAUACUUGCUGGUAAGCCCGGCCACGUGAACUACGGCGUUAUUCCUGCUGUCAUCUACACUAUGCCAGAAGUGGCGUCCGUUGGCAAGAGCGAGGAGGAGCUCAAGAAGGAAGGCGUCGCGUACAAAGUUGGCAAGUUCCCAUUCAAUGCGAACAGCCGCGCGAAGGCGGUAAGCACUGAAGACGGAUUUGUAAAGGUUCUUGUCGACAAAGCGACAGACCGCAUUCUUGGCGUGCAUAUUGUUUGCACUACUGCUGGUGAGCUUAUCGGUGAGGCUUGCCUUGCGAUGGAGUACGGCGCGAGUUCGGAGGAUGUUGGCCGCACCUGCCACGCCCACCCGACAAUGUCAGAGGCCCUGAAAGAGGCGUGCAUGGCAUGCUUCGCGAAGACUAUUAACUUUUAA